GAUGAAGAAACAAGAAUAGGAAGAAUUUUAGCUAUAGUCUCAACUUCGAAUAGUAUCAAAUUGAAGAUUCAACAUCUUUAUUUUGGCACCGAAUUACCAAGGAUAUUUGCAAGCUCAAUACGAAAAGAGCAAUCAAGGAAUGGGGAGUUGUGGCUAAGCGAAAUAACAUACUUGACUGAUCCGUUUAAUGUUAUUGAACCUGUUACAGUUUGGCUUCAAGAUACUUCAGAGUUACCUAAUUUUCAAUUUUAUGUGAGAGAAAUUUUAUAUUGUCAUGAAAGCCGGUGGAAGAUAAGAGAUUGUAGACUAAGACAUCUUUAUCCAAUUGAAUAUACUCAAAUUCCAAUGUCAGCUCCUCAUAAUGUGCCUACAUUAAAAAUCAUGUUAGACAUUUAUCACGAUGACUUCG